AUGGCAGUGCAACUUGUGGAAAAUGUGCUGGGAUCACAGCACAGCUUCAAGCAUCUUGAGCAUCCUGACAGGUCAGCUGUGUCGUUGCACGUGAAUGUGCCCGAUCUUGCAGCGCUGGGUGAUGCUAGGUGGGAAGUUCGGGCCGACGCGCUUCAUCAGCUACUGGGCUUAGAGGGUCCUCAGCUUGCGCCAUACGCAGAGGCAGUGUUGCCUCUUGUGGCAGACCCCGUUUCAGAAGUCAGGCGUCGAGCUUGUGAGCUCAUACAUAAGCUAGACAUCACGGUAUUGCACGGCUUGAAGGAUGUUGAGAGUCCUCGGAUGUCGUUUCUUCGUUGUGGCAAAACCUGGAAGUGCCUGUGCGUGCCUGGGUCGAUGCCAGUUCCACCAUCACAUCUCACAGCUGAUUUGCAAGAUCUCCACAGCAAGCAGGAAGACUCCGAAGGUUCCAGUCACAGAACGGCCUGUACGCAGCUGCCACGGCACUUGGCAGAUGGCUUCAACACGCCCAAGGCAAUCGGACGUAGCCGCCCACAAGAGGUGGAUGAGAGGUUGCUCGCAGAGAUGGGGCAUGGUCAUCCCGUUGAUUCAAUUGAGUGGCUGGGCACUCUUGUGAAUGCUCCAAACCUUUUGGAGAUGGCGAAUGAGGGCAACGAGGGCAACGAGGGCCACUGGUACCAUUGGAAGGUGAGGGAUGCCCUGGCGUUUUCAGUCCGGGAGUUGCAAGGCACCGCUCUUGUGCAGCUUCUUGCAGAUGCCGAGACAGUGGUACGCGAGGAUGCUCUGAUCGCCCUCCGACGACUGCCCUCGCAUCUUUGGGUGCAUCACACUCGCUGGGUCACCCAGAGCUUGGUCGAUCCAAUGCCACAGGUGCGGAUGGCGGCCCUGUGUGCCCUCCAAAGAUUGAGCUCGGUCGAGUUGGCGCUCCAGGCUCCAUGGGUGGUGCAAAAGCUGCAGGACGAAGAUGCGGAAGUGCGUGCAGCCGCUCUCUUGACUUUGCGGUUCCUGAAGCCGGACCAUCUCAAGCAUUGGGCCGAGCAGGCAAGGUCAGAGCGGCUGCGCAACGAGCAGUGGAGAGGCUUUCACCCACCACAAUGGCAGACCUCGCCUGCGCUGGACUGCCAAGGGACGGCCUUCUUCGAUACUGUCAAGGCUGUGGGGAUAGGCAGCAGCCUGGCUGUGCAUGCAGCAUCCUCCGCGCCAAGUUCCGACUUGCUAGAAGCGAAGCUCAGCGUGAGCCAGGAUGUUAUAGACAACGAUCCCGCUUCUGUAGCAGUUCGGGCAAAGGCCUGGCAAGAGAAGGUGGCAGUGGGUGUGGCACAGAGGCUAUUGAGCAGACACAACUCUACUGCUCGACUUGGAGCGGCACUGGAGGCUUCCUCUGACAAGGUUGGCGGCACCAAGCGUCCGGCUCCAGAGGAGCCCCGAAGCACGACGCCCGAACAUCAGGACCGGAGACCGUCACAGGGCAAUCCUCAUCCGCCGUUGCUUCAGGAUCCCUUCAGACCAGGAUUUUUGGGUGAUCGGCCCAUUUGGUGGAUGCCAGAAGGAGGUCUACUUGGGCCGCGGCAUCCUGCUUGGGGACAGGUGGCUCCAGGCAGAUCUGGAGGGAUGAUGCCAAGGUUUGACCCUAUCGGCCCUGGUGACCCAGAUCCGGAUCACUUUGUGCCAGGGGGACUCCCAGGAAAUCCAGGAGGGCUGCCUACCUUCCACGGUGGACGACCUGGCAGAGGAUCUGGGAUGGAUCCCGACGGCAUCUUCUUCAUGUGA